CGUAGAGGAGUGGGUUGACUUUCUUUUAGCCUAAUUUUUACGUUUUUGUAAUGUAUUAAUUAUCACGGGCUGUAAUAACAAUAAAAAAAAAAAACAAUAGUCCUAUACUAAUACUAAGAGUAAAUGAAGAGUUUAAAUGCAAAAGCCUCUAAAUCAAUCUGACAUAUUUCUUUAAAAUUAUUUCUUUCUGGCUGCUUUGUAUAGGUUUCUAUGUAAGUACUGGUUCUUCAGAUUGGGCUGAGGCUGGAAUUUAGCGAGUUUGAAGUAAACGUAUUUGAUGGACGUAUAAUAAGUGUCAGGAGCAUUCUCAGUAGGGCUGCACGAUAUAUCGAAAAAUUAUCGUUAUCGCGAUAAUAGUAUAUGCGAUAUCUGUAUCGCAAAGAGUUGCAAUAAAUGAAAUUUAAUUUAUGUGCCAAGCAUUUGUGUGUCCAAAUUUGACCAAUCAGAUGGGGCCUUACUAUCUUAAUACCCGCCUCCCAAGUAGGUGAUAUAAUACUAUUCGCUAGACCGGGCGAAAAGGUGAACCUAGCGGCUCAGAGCAGAGAAUGAAAAAUAAAUAUGGCAGGAGUAGAGACAAGCGAGGAAAAUGACAGCAGCGAAGAACUUGUGCUUAAAAAGAACGGUACGUUUGAAAUAUGGCAAAUCUUUUGGCUUCAAGAGAGAAGACGUGUCACAAAUGCAGAUACUGUGUAAGUCGUGCCAAAAAACUGUUGUCACGUCGAGAGGAAAUACAGCUAAUCUCCACAGUCACCUGAAACACAACCACAGGGAGCUAUAUGAAGACUUCCGAAAGUGUAAGGCCAAAUCUACCAAAACUGCCAAUGAAAAGCCAAGUAACAAUAAAGGAGUCAUACAGACAACCAUCAAUCAAAGGUUUACAAAUGCAACCCCUUACGGAAAAACGUCGAAACGCCACAAGGAAUUAACAGAUGCUAUCACACGCUUUUUAGCUAAAGACAUGAUGCCUGUUGUAGCAUCUGGACCAAUCAGACAUACAUUAAUUGUUACAUUUAACAAAUAGUCUUUAAACCCAACAAGCGAGCUAUAUGCUGGAGCUCUGGAGACAACCCCCCAAAGCAACUAACACCCCAAAAGGGCUCAGUUGCCAGGACGACGAUCUGAUAAGAGGUUUUAUUGCCCAGAGGAAUGCACAUUUGCCCAUGCUACAUUUUCCCAUAGGAAAGACACAAUGCCUAUAGAAAUAGACUCUUUCCUAUUCAUUCACAGACAAACCUUUCUUUGACCUUCCACACAUAGCCCAGGUCAUUGUGUACAGUAUUACUGCAUUGUAUUUUAAUUUUGUCUGUUGUAUUUGUAUUUGUCUUUCUACUGUUUAUGCAUGUGUUAUGAUAGAUGACUAGCCGUAUAACCCACAUAUGCCAUGUUUGGUUUCUUUGAAUUUGUAUUUUGAUCAUCUAAAUUAUGGUGUAUAUUAUAUGUUGAUACCUUUGCAACAUGUUAGUGUUUUAAGAAACCUUAGUAGUUUUGCAUCAACACCCAAUCGAAUUACAUAUGCAAAAUACCAGGCUCACAGACAAAGAGUCGUAAACUUUCCCUCCAAAGGUGAAAGUUACCAUUGGUUCGUGGACCUCCUGGAGGCGCAGCCUCCAGAGAGCUUAAAGGCAUCAAACGAUUGAUUGCCUCUCUCUCUUCACUCUCUUCACUCGUCUGCAACAUCUUCCGAUUGCUGCCCAUGUGGAGGAACCCACAGGGAGCCUGAGCCGGCACAGGGCAUGCCUGGCGGGCCCGACAGGCCCCAACAUUCAGAGCUGUGGCUCUCGACCACAAAGAGCCAGACAUUUCCACUCAACCCUGGAAUUUAUCUUCAUGACUCGCCUCAGUCAGUCAGGGGUUCUUUUAGAACCUAAGAAGAUGAGCUAGAACUCUUCAGGACUUCCCUAAGCAUGCGCCAGGCCUUGCGGCCUUGUCUUUCCAUUCCCCAAAGAUCACAGGACUUCAGCUGGGUCCCUCUCAGCUCUUGGUUCUUCUUCACUUUUCACAUGGGAAGAAACUCCCAGUCACCAUCGAGUCAGAACAUCUUUGGAGUUCAUCACUCUUCAGACCCGAAAGAACGUGAUUGCAAUUCCAAAACCACCACUGCUCCAAACCAUCAAGACUUUCACCUGAGACUGCAUUUGGACACUUGUUCAACGACCAAGGCAAUGCAAGUAUCGUACAUUUAACUAAACAAACAGAGGUUUAGUAUAAGCUGUAGACAGCACUGAUGGUUUCACUCAGGUGGCUAACUGACUCUUUUCAUAGCUUCAUUUCAUUGUCUGUCUCUAACUGCUUCUCACUGACCAUUCCCCCAUGUAUGAGUGAUUUCAUGUUUGUUUGUUUAGAUUAGUUAUGUGUUAGUCCUUCAUUAAUAAACUAUAGUGCACAAAUUACAUGAGUUUUGAUUCUGAUUCUGAGCCCUACAUGAGCUAUACUGUUCACUUUCUUACUCAAGACUUUGAAUUAAAAGCACGCUGUCUGGGUGUUGUGUACUUCCCUGAAUCCCACACCAGCGAAAACAUAGCUCAUGGGCUGCAGGAUGUUUUAGCCAGCUGGAACUUAAAAGAGGAAAAUCAAGUCUCCAUUACAACGGACAACGGCGCCAAUGUGGUGAAGGCUACCAAACUUAAUAAUUGGGUCAGACUACAAUGCUUUGGUCAUCGCUUGCAUCUGGCCAUCGAAAAUGCUGUUAAAGGUGAUGAGUGCAUUACUUGAGCUGUUGGUCUCUGCAAAAAGUUAGUGGGACAUUUCUCCCACACCUGGAAGGGGAAGAUGGCACUGAAAAAAGCACAGAAAGAGCACAACCUUCCCGGAGCACUCCCUCAUCACAGAAUGCCCUACAAGGUGGGUUCGAGGCAGAGAAUGAUUCAGAGGGUUCUAGAGCAGCAGUGGGCCAUAAGCGACGUCCUGUCAGGAGACAGAAAGUCAAGACAUUUAGUUCCUUCUUGGCAGGACGUAGAUGUACUGGAGUCUAUAAACCAGGCAUUGCAGCCUCUGCAAGAAUUUAAAGAUGCUCUAUCAGGUGAAAGUUACGUAAGUGUUUCAUAUUUGAAACCUGUACUUCACUUGAUGAACACCACAAUUCUUGCUGCAAAGGAAGAAGACAGUGAUCUAACAAAGUCCAUAAAGAUGAAGAUUCUAGAGUACAUAAACACCAAGUAUGACAACCCAGCAACUCAAGAACUGCUGGACAUGACCUCCUUUAUGGACCCCAGAUUCAAAGCCAACUGCAUCAGCUCUGACAAGGUGUCAGACAUCAGAGCCAGGGUGAUGUCUGAAAUUGAAGCAACUAUGCCAAAGGAGCAAAGCCUAAGUAAUCAAGAUCACCAGGGCAUGGGUCCAACAGAUGUCACCCUAACGAAGGCCAAAAAGUCCCUGGGCAGUUUCUUCAAGACAUCCCCAGCUCCAUCAUCUAUGGAACCAUCGCACACUGUGGAAGUUGAACUGAACAACUACAUGAUGUCUCCCACCAUAGACAGUGAGAUGGACCCUCUCACUUGGUGGCAAGUCCAUCAGGUCGACUUCCCACAUCUGAGUAAACUAGCCAGGAAGUAUCUCUGUAUACCAGCAAGCAGUUCAUCUUCAGAGAGACUUUUCAGUACAUCAGGAAAUGUUGUGACGUGCCAGCGAGUCAAUUAGUCAAUUAGUUUUCCUGGCAAAAAAACUGGAACAAAAUAGCUUUGACAGUCAAGCACAUAUGGCAUGGGAUUGUGCCAAAACAGGUUUACAUGUUAUUACUUAAUGUUUACAUAAUAUUUACAUGUUAAUAUUAAUUAUUUUAUUUAUGUGGAUGUUGGCAAUAUGUUAGUGUUUCCACUACAUACCAAUUUAAGGCCUGUACACUUUGUUUAAUAGUAUUUUUUUAUUAAAUUUUUGUUUAAUAAUAUUUAUUUUUAUUUAAAAAAAAAAAAAGGCAAGGCAAGGAAAUAAUUUGUUUAAAAGAUGCUCUUGUUUUAAGACACUCUUGAUGAGUGUAUGGUUAAAUGUAAAUAAAAAGUAAAGUUUGAAAGUAAUUCAUAUUGUGCUGGCAGGUCUAUGGUAAUGGCAAACCAGAAAUCAGAAUAUCUGCUGAGGGUUUUAAGUCAUUCAUAGUG